GGGGCCCCCCAGGAGCCCCUGACCACCCCCACCCCCUGGGCAGCAGAGCAGCCAGCAGCCUCUCCUCGCCCCACCCCGGGAUCAAGCCAUUUCCUCAGACUCUUCAUUUUUCAGAUGCUAAACCUUUGCCACUUAAUCUUUCCAAAGACAGGUCGGAACCUGAAGGAGUGGCUGAGGGAGCAGUUCUGUGACCACCCCAUCGAGCACUGUGACGACACGAGACUGCACGAUGCCGCCUACGUGGGAGACCUGCAGACCAUCAGGAGUCUGCUGCAGGAGGAAAGCUUCCAAAGCCGCAUCAACGAGAAGUCGGUGUGGUGCUGCGGCUGGCUUCCCUGCACACCGCUGCGCAUCGCCGCCACGGCGGGCCACGGCCACUGCGUGGACUUCCUCAUCCAGAAGGGGGCUGAGAUCGACCUGGUGGACGUCAAGGGCCAGACUGCCCUGUACGUGGCCGUGGUCAACGGGCACCUGGAGUGCGCCCAGAUCCUCCUGGAGGCCGGCGCGGAUCCCAACGGCAGCCGCCACCACCGCAGCACCCCUGUGUACCACGCCGCCCGCGUCGGGAGGGCCGACAUCCUCAAGGAACUCAUCAGAUACGGGGCAGACGUAGACGUGAACCACCACUUGGCUUCUCGAAUCCCCUCAGCUUCCUCUCGACGCCUGACUUCCCUGGUGGUCUGCCCGCUGUACAUCAGCGCAGCUUACCAUAACCUCCAGUGCUUCAGGCUCCUUCUCCAGGCCGGGGCCAACCCCGACUUCAACUGUCACGGCUCCGUCGACACCCAGGGCCUCUGCAGGGGUUCCCCCGUCUGUGUCAUGGAUGCCGUGCUGCGUCACGGCUGUGAGGGCGCCUUCGUCAGCCUCCUCGUUGACUUCGGUGCCGACCUGAACCUGGUCAAGUGGGAGUCCCUGAAUGCCGAGUCCGGGGGAAGGACAAAAGUGAACCCGGAAGCGCUGCAGAUAUUCAAGGAAGCCAGGAGUGGCCCUAGGACCUUACUGAAUUUGUGCCGCGUGGCGGUGAGGAGAGCCCUGGGUAAAUACCGACUGCGUCUGAUGCCCUCUUUGCCUGUUCCAGACCCCAUCAAGCAGUUCUUACUGUAUGAGCAGAGCUAAAAUGAGUGGGUGAUUCUGGGGAUGAUUUUCUGGACUCCACAGGUGAUAUGAAGAAGUUGGUGCCAAUUCCCCCACCCUGCGCCUUCAAGCCCCCUGCUUCUGACAUCUCCCAGGAUUAAGCUCACAGGGCGGUUGUUGAGAGACCUCCUUCGUUUUUGCCCGCUUCAACUUGUAACCCCGGUACUUUUGACAAUAUGGUGGAGUUUGCAGUGAAUGCUUUAGUUGCUAAUCUUUGCCCUACUCACAGGUUCAUCUUUGGAGAGUCUAAAGCAGAGGCUGGUCCUAGUGGACUUUCUCUGUUUAUGGCCCUGCUUGGAUUUUUUUUUUUCAAGCUAGGAAGUUGAGAGUGCCAUUUAAUGAUAAAAUGAGUGCGGCCAGUAUGUGUGUGCAUUACACAUAUUUUAAUGUUGCCGAAUUCCUCCGCCCUCAGUGGGAUAAAUGGUCUUUCUCUCCAGGCACCGGGUGUUCAUUUGCCAAUGGCUUUCUGGAUUUCAGGGUUGUUUUCCCUGAUACCUCAAGAUCCCGAGAACAGUAAAAUGCCCUUGCAGACUCUGGUGACUGCUCAGCAACUGUCCAGAGGGGAAUCAUCUGGUAAUGCAGUUCGCCCGGUAUUCCUUAAAAGCAAAACAGCUUUCAGAGAGAGGCAGGUCAGCUUUGGGUGCUGUCAGGUUAAUUAUGAAACAAGUGAUGGCCUGCAUUCAGGCCAAGAACUAUAUUAAGCAGCAUUCACUGCCAUCGGGGAGAGGGAAGAGCAGCGGGACAAGCACAUCAGCACCAAAUUAAUCUGGGUGCACAAUGACAUGGUUAUGCCCGGGAGAACUUGGACAUAGCCUAGGCCCAGUUUGGCUCUUCUAUGGCUCGUGGGUUGAAGUUUCUCUUUAUAAUUCAUUUCCUAGCUUCAGUGCUGGGCAGUGAAAGGCCAAGAGAGUAGUGUAGUGUCCCACACUAAAGCUAUUUAUUGGGAGGAAGUGGUCGUUAACGGAAAGGCACUGAUCUAGGCACCAGGAUACUGGGCUUCCAGUCCUGUCACUGACCUGCCGUGAGACCACCUAACUUUACCCGUGCCUCAGUUAUGUCAUUUUUCAAAUGGAGUUGAUAAUAUCUGACCCAUUGCGAAGGGAUGUGAAAGAUUACAUGUAACUAUUAAUUCAUUCAAUCAUUACUGAACGCUUACUGUGUGCAGAGCACUGUAUUAAAUGCUUUAAUGUACCGUAACGUAAUGUAUUCUAUUAAUGAGAAUGCACUUUGGAAAAAUAAGUUAUAUAAAUUGAAGCCAUCAGUAUUUUAACUCUUACCAACUCUGGUGGCAGUUAAAAUGGUCAGGAGCUCAUCAGAUGAUAGGGAAAUCCUAAUAAAAGUAGACACUUUCUGGACAAUCCUGUUUCUUACUUUGAUGGGGACAAAGGAAAUAUUGAUUAAUCCACCGAGUUUGUAUUUCGACUUGCUUUGGAGGCCAGUGAAGGCCUAUGGUCUUCAACAUUUAGUGAUGUGCCAACCUUUUAGGAAGAAGGUAUCCUUUAGAUACUAGGAGCUUAAUUUUCAAAACCAAAAGAUGUGCCUUGCGCAGGUGAGCAAGUGGCCUUUUGGAAAGGUGGAAUCUGGGUUCUCUGGUUGGAAAUCCAGUGCCAGCUUAAGCACCAUCCCCAGAUGCGUGUGGCGUCGGGCAAGUCAUUUAACUUCUCUGUGCCUCAGUUACCUCAACUGUAAAAUGGGAAUGAAGACUGCGACCCCCA